AAAAAAAAAAAAUAGCAAUUAUCAAUUUCAUCGUCCCCUGUAUAUAAACCCUAAAUACCCAAUUAGCAGAUUUCAUUAUCUUCUUUGAUCUCCAUUUCAAUCUCUCUCAAUCCCAUCAUAAAAGUAUAUUUUAUGUAUGAAUUGUAUGUAUAGGUAACAUAGCGGAGAAAAGAAAAAAAAGGCUUGAAUUAUGACCGUUAACUGAUGAUUCGAAGCGUACCAUAUUGCCGCCCAAACCUUAUCAAGAUUUUGAUUCUUCUGACUCCGAUUAUAUUCGGAUUCUUCGCAACAACAGCCCUACAAAUCGAAACCAUGAAGGUUCAUCCCGUGUCGAUGAAGCGGAACAUCACAGUUCGAGACGACUUCGAUUCAUGGUCGCAAACCCUAACCCUAAUGGAAGGUAGCGCCCAGAAAAAGCUCAAAAGACUCCCUCACGUGUUCAACAAGGUUCUGGAACUCCCGUUCCGCUCCGACGCUGACGUAACGGUGGAGGAGACCUCGGAAUUCUUCCGAUUCGUUGCGGAGAUCGACGACGAAGACGCCGUCGGGGUCGGUGAUGAAGUCAGGGCACAUGCCGUGGAGAUUCACCCUGGGGUUACCAAAAUUGUCGUCAGGAGUGGUGGUGUUGGUGAUGGCGUCAUCGAGGAGUUGUUGGAUAACCUGAAGGUUGACACGUGGCGGUUUAGGCUGCCGGCGAGAACGAGAACGGAGUUGGCGCAGGCGGUGUUUGUGGAUGGUGAGCUGAUUGUGACGGUGCCGAAAGGUGGAGAAGAGGAAGGUGGAAGCGAGGGUUGGGCAGCAUUGAGUCGCCUUCUUGUUGUACAGCAAUCCUGCUUUUGAAUUUGCGUAAUAUGCAGGGAUUGUCUUCGUAAUGUAAAUCUCAAGCUUUGUUUUUGGGGAUUAUAUGAAUUAAUUAUAUGAAAAAUAUAAAUGUAAAAUAGUUGUUAAUGCUUUUCUUGUAUUUUGAAAUUGGAUUAACAUUACCUGUAGAUAUUCA